UACAGUUAUUCUCUACAGUUCUAGUCAUAAGAAAAGUAUAUACCAAAAAUGUUCUGUGCUUGACUAAAUUAGUGUACUGUAGCUAGCUAGCUAAGCAUAAUUUUUAUAGUGAGUAUAUCAUUUGUCUCACAGUCAGUACAGUUGCUAUAUAAUGAUGAGCUACAGAAUUGCUAUUUUGACCCUGACAAUAUUCAUAAUCACAUCUGCUCAAAAGAAAGUACUUUGUGAUGCAGAUGUGACCUCAUCAAGUGUUGGUAACAUGUUUGUCGUUGGUUUCCCGAUAAAUUCUGGUCAAGAAAAAAAGAACCAGUUGUUCUUGUUCAUUACAAAACCAGAUUCAAGUGAUGUUAGUUUCACAGUAUCUCCAAUCAAUCUUAGCAGGAACAUUUCUAACUCUUCAACUGUGGUAGUCAUCCCGCCCAGUUUUGAAGUUUUUUCUAUCAAUGAAAGGAAUAAGGGGAUCCUUGUUGAAGCUGACAGAAACAUUAAUGUGUAUGGAAUGUCAUAUAAUGCUAGGACUACAGAUGCUUAUUUAGCAUUACCAUGUAUAAGAAUGGCAGUGGAUGAAUACGAAUAUUAUGGAAUCUCGUACGAUAUACUUGGUAGUAGCUUUCCUAGCGUGAUUUUGUUGGUGGCUUGUGAAAAUGAAACUGUUGUCAAAUUCGAUUCCUCAACAAUAAUACUCAAUAGUAUGGAAACAUAUCAGAUGAAAAGCAGUGUUAAUGAUCUCACAGGAACAAGAAUAACUAGCUCCAAACCCUUGUCUGUGUUUAGUGGAUCUGAUUGUGCUAACGUACCACAACAUAUAGCCACUUGUGACCACCUGGUUGAACAAGUGCCUCCGACUGUGACAUGGGGCUCAAAAUUCCUCGUGGCAUCUCUCGAGGGUAGAUCAUCUGGUGAACGUAUUCGUGUUCUUAGUGCCCGAACAGCAAGUGUAGCUGUGAAUUGCAACACUGUGGUAUCAGUCAGUGAAUUCCAGUUACAGAGUGGAGGGAGCUACCGAGAAUUUGAAAUUCCUAUUAACAGUUCCUGUAGCAUUGAAUCCACCUCACCAGUACUGGUCGCCCAGUAUGCAUAUGGUAGCGAGAGUGAUGGCAUAGGAGACCCAUUCAUGAUGAUAAUCCCUCCAAUUGAGCAGUUUACAAACAACUAUUCAGUUGCAGUGCUUCCUGAUUUUGCAUCCAACUAUGUCACGAUAUAUGUUGCUUCUGAGUUUUUUCAAGCUGCACAAAUAUUGUUAGACAUGUCUUCCAUUGUUACUGAAUGGCAGAACGUUACAUGUUCAAGUGGAGAGGUUUGUGGCCACAUAAGUAAAACGAGUGUGUCUUCUGGAGCACGUUCUGUCUGUCAUCAAAACAGAUCAGCUGUUCUAGGUGUUUCAGUGUAUGGAUUCGACUCAGACAAUUCUUAUGGUUUCCCUGGAGGCAUGAGAUUAUCUCCCAUACAAUGCAACUGUGGUCAAAAUUCUACUUGUAUGCAACAAUUCAACUGUAGCUGCUUGAAUGGAUUUGGUGCUUUAUUAUCUGGAACCGGUGAAGUCGUCUGUAACGCUAUAACCUGUCCCCCCUCAACUGCUCCUAAUAAUGGAUCUGUGGCAUACAAUUCUAUGGCUGAUGAAAACGGCACCUAUGCCUUUGACACAGUAGCUAUUUACAGCUGUGACACUGGGUUUUCUCUGGUCGGUGACAACUCAACAACUUGCACUGGAUUUGAUACUGAUAGUGGCACAAGUGGUGCUUUUGAAGGAGAACCACCAACUUGUGAAGUGAUUACCUGCCCUCCGCUGAAUGAUCCUACCAAUGGAACUGUGACUUACAAUGUUGAGAGUGAUCAUUUGGAAUUUGGAAAGCAAGCUAUCUACAAUUGUAGCACUGGGUUUGCUCUGGUUGGUAACACAACUAGGACAUGUACUGGAGAUGGUAGUAGCAUUACUGGUUUUUUUGAGGGAGAAAUUCCAACAUGUGAAAUGAUUACCUGCCCUCCGCUGAAUGAUCCUACCAAUGGAACUGUGACUUACAAUGUUGAGAGUGAUCAUUUGGAAUUUGGAAAGCAAGCUAUCUACAAUUGUAGCACUGGGUUUGCUCUGGUUGGUAACACAACUAGGACAUGUACUGGAGAUGGUAGUAGCAUUACUGGUUUUUUUGAGGGAGAAAUUCCAAUAUGUAAAGUGAUUACCUGCCCUCCGCUGAAUGAUCCUACCAAUGGAACUGUGACUUACAAUGUGAAGAGUAGUAAUUUGGAAUUUGGAAAGCAAGCUAUCUACAAUUGUAACACUGGGUUUGCUCUGGUUGGUAACACAACCAGGACGUGUACUGGAGAUGGUAGUAGCACUACUGGUGCUUUUGAUGGAGGAACAUCAACUUGUGAAGCCAUAAUCUGCCCUGCUCUAAGUGAACCAAUGAAUGGUCAAGUGAAUUAUAGUAAUGCAAGUUCUUCUGUAAUAAUAGUUAACAACCAAUUUCGAAUUAAAUUUGGUACGACGGCCACCUACACUUGUGUCAAAGGGUUUUCUCUUGUUGGUGUCAACACAAAAAAUUGCACUGGUGAUGGCAGUAGCACCAUUGGUGCCUUUAGUGGAAUUGAUAAUCCAACUUGUGAAUCCAUAACCUGUUCUCCGUUGAUGAGCCCAACCAAUGGCACUGUGUCUUAUGGCGGAGUCGCUACUGAUGUAAAUGGCAACUUGUUGUUCAAUGUAAUGGCUGCCUACAGUUGUGACACUGGGUUUGCUCUGGUUGAUAACAGCUCAAGGACUUGCACCGGAGAUGGGAUGAGUGUAAAUGGUAGCUUUAAUGGAACAGCUCCAACUUGUGACCCUAUAACCUGCCCUGCUGUGGCAGCGCCGAGUAGUGGUAGUGUUGACUUUGGUGGAGCCUCAUCUGAUGGAAACAGCAACUAUGCCUUUGAUGUGGUAACUAAUUACAAUUGUGAUAAUGGAUUUUCUCUGGUUGGUAAUAGCUCGAGGACGUGUACUGGAGAUGGCAGUAGCAAUACUGGUGCUUUUGAUGGAGCAGCUCCAACUUGUGAACCUAUAACUUGCCCUGGUGUUCCCACACCAAACAACGGCAAUAUUGACUUUGGUGGAGCCUCACUUGAUGAAAAUGGCACAUAUAUUUUUGCUGUGGUGGCUACCUACAUAUGUGACACUGGGUUUUAUCUGGUUGGUAACGACUCAAGGAUUUGUACCGGAGAUGGGAUGAGUGUCAAUGGUAGCUUUAAUGGAACAGCUCCAACUUGUGACCCCAUUACCUGCUCAACUGUAGCCAUUCCGAACAACGGCAGUCUGGACUUUGGUGGAGCCUCACCUGAUGUAAGGAACAACUAUGCAUAAAAUGUAGUGGCUACCUACAACUGUGACACUGGGUUUUAUCUGGUUGGUAACGACUCAAGGACUUGCACCGGAGAUGGGAUGAGUGUAAAUGGUAGCUUUAAUGGAACAGCUCCAACUUGUGACCCCAUUACAUGCUCAACUGUAGCCAUUCCGAACAAUGGCAGUCUGGACUUUGGUGGAGCCUCACCUGAUGUAAGGAACAACUAUGCAUUAAAUGUAGUGGCUACCUACAACUGUGACAAUGGAUUUUCUCUGGUUGGGGACC